UCCGCUCAAUCCGUCAAAAAACACGAUUGCAACGAAAAUGUGCGAGAAGGUGGUCCGAUUCGGCGUUCCUGUCGCGACGUGCUCGGGCGCGCUCGGCUGUUUCCGCGACAACUGUCAGUGAGAUUACAAGAUGGCGGAGAAGGUCAGCUGAUCGGAACACUGCGCGCGCAGGCCACACAGCAAGCGGCGGAUCAAGCGCAUCAUGCAAGUGUUCGGCGAAUGGGCGCAGGUGGAGGUGGUGGAGCUGGUGAACGACGGCUCGGGGCUGGCGUUCGGCAUCGUCGGCGGCCGCUCCUCCGGCGUGCUCGUCAAGAGCGUCCUCCCCGGCGGCGUCGCCGACAGGGAUGGGCGUCUCCGCAGCGGCGACAUGCUCCUCCGCAUCGGCGCCGUCUGCGUGGUGGGCAUGUGCGCGCGGCAGGCGGCGGCGGUGCUUAGACAAUGCGGAGCUUGCGUGCGGCUACUGGUCGCUCGACCGGCUCCCAUGCCCAAGCAGUCCCUGGGAGCGUCACCAGCACCAGUGGUGCCUUCACGCCUGCUGGCCGACCCCGUGGAGCUGGAGCGGCGCCUGGCCGAGGCCGGCCACGACGGCUUCGGCGCGCUGUGCGAGGACGCCGCGCCCGCCUCCCCUCCGCCCACCUUCAUUGAGGAGCGGCUGCAUCACCGACCGGUGGCGUCAAUCGUGGCGGUGGUGCCCCGUGGCGCGCUGGCGCCGGCGCCGCGCCCGCCGCCGCUCAUCAUCGCGCCGGUGGAGCCCAAGCAGCCGCCCAUGAGGUUACCCCUGGACAUGGCGGUGCGAGGGACCGGCGAGCCGGAGACCCUGAGCUACCAGGUGGAGCUCAGCAAGGACUCCGCUCUCGGACUCGGCAUCACCGUGGCUGGAUACGUGUGCGAACAAGAGGAGCUGAGUGGUAUCUUCGUGAAGAGCAUCAGCGAGGGCAGCUCCGCCGACCUCUGCGGCAAGAUACAGGUCAACGAUAGGAUUGUGGAGGUAGACGGGGUUUCACUGCACGGGGUGACGAACCAUAGAGCGGUGGCGUUACUGAGAGACGCAAAGGGGCCGGUGGUGCGGCUAAAAGCGUUACGGUACUUACGCGGGGCGGGGUUUGAGAAGCUUCAGAAGGCACUAGCAGCGCAAGACGGGCGCCGCUCCCCCCUCGCACCCCCAUCACCCUCCGUCACUUCUCUGGCCAAAUAUAGUUUUAGUGUGUACGACGAAUCAACAGUAAUAGAAGUGGAGCCCGAGUCUGAGAUCCAGCCUCACCUCCCCUCCCCAACCUCCCCUUCGGAGGAGGCAGAGAUUGUCAUCGGGAGGGACGACGACGCGCCCGAGAGGGAGGCGCGCCGCAUACAGGACAAGUGGCGGGACAUACUCCAGAACGAACAUGACUGGCCGGGACAUCAGCAUCACUACGAAAUUAUUGUCGGCACAAUAAUGAAAGAAAAGGACAGCGGGCUAGGCAUCUCGCUCGAGGGCACUGUACGGGUGGUCGCCGGCAAGGAGGUGCAAGCUCGGCAUUACAUCAGGGCGAUCGCGCCCAACGGGCCGGUCGCUAAGCUGGGCCUGCAUAAAGUGGGCGAUGAGCUGUUGGAGGUUAACGGCUGGCGAGUACUAGGCGCGCAUCAUGUGGAGGUGGUGACGCGGCUACGGGCUGUGACGUCACCAGUCUUGUUGGUGUGCGUCAGGAAGCAGGAGGAGCACCGCAUGGACAAGAUCGAGGCCGCUGGGAUCGCUAGGGUGAGGAAACUUAUACUAGGCGUGUAUCACGUGGAAGUGGUGACGCGGCUGCGCGCGGUGACGUCACCAGUCUUGUUGGUGUGCGUCAGGAAGCAGGAGGAGCACCGCAUGGACAAGAUCGAGGCCGCUGGGAUCGCUAGGAAGGAACUUAGUAGUUCAGAUAGUCAAGACAUAAUAUUAUACGGCUGGCGAGUACUAGGCGCGUAUCACGUGGAGGUGGUGACGCGACUGCGGACGGUGACGUCACCAGUUCUGUUGGUGUGCGUCAGGAAGCAGGAGGAGCACCGCAUGGACAAGAUAGAGGCCGCUGGGAUCGCUAGGAGGAAUAUGGGGACAUCGCAAAUGGAUUUAAGCUAUAGCAGCAUUUCCAAGAAGUUCUGCACAGACGACCUGGAAAGGAACCGGUCGAGGUCUUUGGAGCCGCUGAGCGGGCUGGCGAUGUGGAGCGACCACAUCGAGUACAUACAGCUGCUCAAGGAAGACCGGGGGCUCGGCUUCUCUAUUUUGGACUACUUGGAUCCAUCCGAGCCGGGCAGUUCAGUAAUAGUGGUCCGGUCGGUGGUGGGCGGCGGCGCGGCGGCCAGCGACGGCCGCCUGCAGCCCGGCGACCGGCUCAUCUCCGUCAAUGGCCUGGACGUGUCGCGGAGCCCGCUCGCUGCGGCCGUUAGCGCUAUCAAGAGCGCGCCCAAAGGAAUUGUUACGAUAGGUAUCGCAAAACCUCUUCCCUGCAGUACGGUAGUGGGUGGGGAGAAAGCCAACGGACACAGUAUGCAGAGUAGUCAGGAAUGUAUAAACUCCCUGGCGUCAGACGACCACACCGGCAUGGACUCUUUCCAUGAGUGCCUUCAAGAGUAUGGCGAGGGUCUCGAAGUGGUUCAGAUCUGCCUGGAGCCAGAAGAAGCGUCUAUCAAGGACGAGGAAUUAUCCGCUCUAGGCGACCUUAGUUUAGAAGACUGCAAGAAAGACGAAAGAAAAGGUAGUAGAGAAAAAGUUAACGGCAUCGGUGAGUUCAAAUCUUCGAAAUCUGACGAUUCUUUAGACGAACCAGAUGACGACAUGACAAUAACAGAAGACGAUGUCCUGACUGCCCCUAGAGAGUUAAAUUUAAGAAGCAAAUCAGCUGAUAGAAAAGAAAAUGGAGAAAGGAGUCUGUCUAAACAACAGAGUAAAGAUAUUUCUACCUCUGAUGAAAUGGUUUUUGCUGUCACACCAACAGGCUUAGAAAGAAUAAGCUUCGACCGGUAUUGGAAGGAGUGUGACGAAAAUAAAGUAGAAAAGAAAAAGUUAGAAGAAAUCAAAAGCGAUGAGAGUUGGAAGGAAUGUAUAAAUACCCCGAACGAUGAAACUAUUAGCUUUUACGAUGCCACUACUAGAAUAUCCGUCCAGGAAGAUAGCAAUUCGCUGUUGUACAUCGAUCACGACGUAGAUGGCUACGAAACGUGUCUCGACGACGACUCUUCUGCAAAGUGUACAGUGAAAAAUGCUCGUAAAUUUUCCAGCGAUAAACACAUAAAAGAAAAAAGUAAACACGAUAAAAUAGCUGUUAGAAACAAAGACAACGACGCAAGUGCCAAAACGUUUGAACAGAACACUGCCAAUUCCGUCGACGAGGUGUCGUAUACCCGGCCUUACGUGCAGGAGCACAUAAUUAAGCAGAUGAAAUCAUUGAGAAUAGAACCCUUAAAUAUAAACAUUGCCCAUAAGAAGCAAAAGAAAAAAAGCCCGACCAAGCCGUCCAAGCACGAAAGAAAGUGUAUCGAAUAUUACAAUGACCAAGACGAAUGUUUGAAAGAGAUUAGACAACAAAAAUUAGACGAAGAGGAAAAGAAAUAUAAAGAGGAACAAAAGAAACUGCUAGAUAAUAAUACAGCUGUGAUGGAGAAGAAAUUACAGCUAAAAAAGAAGGACCCAAGUGAAGAAUCGACGGAUCUUGAAAACAACUACGUUUCGGGAUGUCAUAAGUGUUUUCUAGAAAAUUAUGCGUAUGCCAUCACCAAAGCCUAUAUGGCUGAAGCAAGCGCGUGCAAGUACUGUGAAGUGAUACGGGACAUGCUAGAAGUUCCUAGAGGUUUAACAGAUCGGAGAAUGUCAGCGCCAGCGCUGGUGAAUCUGGAGAGCCCGAUAUCAGAUACUGAUGAUGAAGACUUGCUGAUGGUGCCUGUAUCCCAGAAUAGGAGAAAGUCUGCUGGACCCUUGAAGUUUCUUGUGCCUUCUAGAAGAGCGAGGUAA